CGCUGCGGGGGUGAGGGUCCGGAGCGGGUAACGCGGCGGCCGGGCGAAGAUGCCCUACCUGGGCUCGGCCGACGUGGUGAAGGAGCUGGGGAAGGCGCUGAGCAACCCGAACGUGCAGGCCGAUCGGCUGCGCUACCGGAACGUCAUCCAGCGCGUGAUCAGACACAUGACUCAGGGCCUGGACAUGUCUGGUGUUUUCUUGGAGAUGGUUAAGGCCGGUGCCACUGCAGAUGUGGUUCAAAAGAAGCUGGUUUAUCUGUACAUGUGCACAUACGCACCCCUGAAGCCGGACCUGGCUCUCCUGGCCAUCAACACCCUGUGCAAAGACUGCUCGGACGCCAACCCCAUGGUGCGAGGCCUGGCCCUGCGGGGCCUGUGUAGUCUCAGGGUGCCCGGAGUACAAGAAUAUACCCAGCAGCCUAUUCUCAACGGUCUGAGGGAUAAGGCUUCCUAUGUCCGUAGGGUGGCAGUCCUUGGUUGUGCCAAGAUGCACAAUCUACACGGAGACUCUGAAGUCGAUGGUGCCCUGGUAAAUGAGUUAUACAGUUUGCUGCGUGACCAGGACCCUAUUGUAGUUGUGAACUGCCUGAGGUCUCUAGAAGAAAUCCUAAAACAGGAAGGCGGUGUUGUCAUUAACAAGCCCAUUGCUCACCAUCUCCUAAAUAGAAUGUCAAAACUAGACCAGUGGGGCCAGGCUGAGGUGUUGAACUUCCUGCUUCGCUACCAGCCUCGCAGUGAGGAGGAACUCUUCGACAUUCUCAAUCUGUUGGACAGCUUUCUCAAAAGUAGCAGUCCCGGGGUGGUGAUGGGAGCCACCAAACUCUUUCUGAUCUUAGCAAAAAAGUUCCCCCAUGUACAAAGUGACGUGCUGGUGCGAGUCAAGGGGCCUUUGCUUGCUGCCUGUUCUUCGGAGAGCCGGGAACUCUGCUUCGCUGCCCUCUGUCACGUGCGUCAGAUCUUACGCAGUUUGCCAAGUCACUUCAGCAGCCACUACAAGAAGUUCUUUUGCUCCUACUCGGAGCCCCAUUAUAUCAAGCUCCAGAAGGUGGAGGUGCUGUGCGAGCUGGUGAAUGACGAGAACGUGCAGCAGGUGCUGGAAGAGCUUCGAGGGUACUGCACCGACGUGUCUGCUGACUUUGCUCAGGCUGCCAUCUUUGCAAUAGGUGGCAUUGCCAGGACUUACACAGAUCAGUGUGUGCAGAUUCUAACAGAGUUGCUGGGGCUUCACCAAGAGCAUGUUACCACGGCGGUGGUGCAGACUUUCCGAGACCUGGUUUGGCUCUGUCCUCAGUGUACUGAAGCAGUGUGUCGAGCCCUGCCGGGCUGUGAGGAGAGCAUUCAGGACAGUGAGGGCAAGCAGGCGCUUAUUUGGUUACUUGGUGUCCACGGGGAGAGAAUUCCCAACGCUCCAUAUGUGUUAGAGGACUUCUUAGAAAACGUGAGGUCAGAGACGUUUCCUGCCGUGAAGAUGGAGCUCCUUACUGCCCUGCUGCGCCUUUUUCUCUCCCGCCCUGCCGAGUGCCAGGACAUGCUGGGCCGCCUGCUACACCACUGCAUAGAGGAAGAAAAGGAUAUGGCUGUUCGAGACCGAGGGCUAUUCUAUUACCGCCUCCUGUUAGUUGGCAUUGAUGAAGUUAAGCGGAUCCUGUGUAGUCCAAAAUCUGACCCAUCUCUUGGACUUUUGGAGGAUCAGGCAGAAAGACCUGUGAAUAGCUGGGCUCCGGACUUCAACACCCUAGUCCCAGUGUACGGCAAAGCCCACUGGGCAACUAUCCCUAAAUGUCAGAGGGCAGAGCAUCGUGGCCCAGAGCUUCCUCCCAGGACAUCCUCUGCCACAUCAGGACACCUGAUGCCUGGGGAGAGCAAGGAGACACUACAAGAACUUCCUGAUUCUGAUGCUUUGGUGCUGGUCCCCAGUCACCAGCUUACUGCUGAACAUUUUGAGAAGACUUGGCUUAGCUGCGAAGUAACUCAUCAGCAGGCGCUGCCUUGGCGGGGAGUGAUCCAUCCAGACGCUCUGCAGACGGCCCUGCAAGUGGUGAACAUUGAGACCAUCGCAGUGAGCAGGCCUGGGGCUCAGCCGUGGAAAGCCUACCUCAGUGCUCAGGAUGACAGCGGCUGUCUGUUCCUAACAGAACUGCUGUUGGAGCCUGAGAACUCAGAAAUGCAGAUCUCGGUGAAGCAAAGCCAGGAAAAGAUGAGCUCACUGAGCAGUUUUAUUUCUGUAUUAGAAACUGUGAUUGGAACAGUUGGGGACAUUAAAUCGUAACGGGUUCUUGCUCCUUUCCCUAAGCAGAUGGACAGCUAUCAGAAUUUCUUAGAUUUUCCUCAUUAGAUCUGCUUAUAAGUGCAGGUGAUAUCAGAUGCAAAGGAGAGUGGGAAAUUUAGGAAUGUGGACGCUUUUUUAAAGUUUUUGUCCAAAGACCUGCUUACCUCCUUCUGCCUAAUGGUAAUGAUAAACCCCAUUCACAGUAACGGUAUUGUAGAGAUGAUGUUGGUUAAGAGUUGGGGAUGAGGUGGGGAUAGGAUUGGGAUCUUUUUCAAAUCAGUUUUGAAGGCUAAGUUACUUAUUAAAUAUGCCUGACAUCUGUGGAA